UUCAAAUUUAUACAACAGGACCUUACAAGUUGAUAUUUUUCCUAUCAGCACACUUAUCAGAAUGAACUGGUGGUGGUCAAGAUCUGUCAAUACGCCACGGAUCAAACAUUCACAAGUUGAGUACUGUGUAACACAUCAAAGCUACCAAAAUGUUGGCCUGGUCAUUGGAGUCACUGGUGUAGUUGGCAACAGCUUGGCCGAAACACUCUCAUCCACUGACACCCCAGGCGGUCCAUGGAAAGUAUAUGGUGUAUCGCGACGGGGUCCACUAGUCUGCAAUACUGCUAAAGUCAUAUAUAUUCAGUGCGACGUCUCCUUAGCAACUGACACACAAGCCAAGUUAUCGACCCUGGAAGAUGUGACACACAUCUUCUGGGUGACUUCAGCUUUUGACCUUUCCUCAGCCAAAUGUUGCGAAAUAAAUGGAGCCAUGAUUUGCAAUGUCCUCCGUGCUGUCAUCCCAAAUGCACCCAAUUUACGCCACAUCUGUCUUCAGACGGGCGCAAUGCAUUAUAUGGCUGUACACAGAUCAAUUGAUGGGAAACUUCGUGUUAUCUCCCACGAUCCACCUUUCACUGAAGACAUGGAUAGAUUGGAAAACAUUCACAACUUUUAUUACGCGUUAGAAGAUGUACUACUCGAUGAGGUCUCUAGAAAAAAAAGCAUAACAUGGUCCGUCCACAGGCCUGAUACAAUUUUCGGGUUUUCACCACAUAGCACAUUGAACAUUGUUGGAACACUUUGCGUGUAUGCAACAAUAUGCAAAUACGAAAACAUUCCGCUGAAAUUUCCAGGAACGAAAGCCGUUUGGGAUAGUUACUCUAACGCAUCAGAUGCAAAUUUGGUGGCAGAGCAUCAAAUUUGGGCAGCACUUUGUCAACAGGGGAAAAACAAAGCAUUUAACAUUACCAACGGCGAUGUGUUCAAAUGGAAGCAUUUGUGGAAGGUGUUGGCAAAAAAGAUCGGAGUAGAAUAUGUGGGAUUCGAUGAGGCCAAGAAGAUUAUUUCAUUGUCUGAAAUGAUGAAGUACAAGGGGCCUGUGUGGGAUAAGAUUGUGAGAGACAAUAACUUGAUUUCCACAACGUUGGAACAGGUUGGCUUGUGGGGAUUUGCAGAUAUGUUACUGGCUGGAGGGACUAGUAGGUUGAGCAGCAUAAAUCGCAGCAAAGAGAAUGGUUUCAUUGGCUUCAGGAAUUCCACCAAUUCCUUCAUUUACUGGAUACAGAAGGCAAAAGAUAAUAGAUUAAUUCCAUGAACUUUGUACUUUUACUUUAUCAUUUAAUAAAGUUUUG